UGGCCAAGCCGUGAGGUCGCCGCUGGAUCAAUUGGAGGCACAGCUCAAUCUCGUCUUGGAACACACAGGUCGUCUCUUUGCGAACAAUGCAAGAAACCAUGGCCAGAUCAACAACCCUUCGCGACUAAAGCAGGUGAUUGCUGGCGCCAACAAUAACUUUCACGAUGCACUCGAUCAACUCGAGAGCGAACUGGUGAGUUGCGAUGGAUUCCAUUGUAUUGUUUGAGUUUUAUAUCAUAAUCACCUAUCUCACAUCUACGCUGCACCGUUUUUCGCUCUAUCUUAUCACUCCAAUCGACGACAGCGGCUGAUGAUGUUGUCAGAGUUUGGCACGCGCAGUGAUGCGUCGUGAUCUCGCUACAUAUCGUUCUCAGCGAGGGGCUCGGAUGCAGACCGAAGCCACCACAACUGCUGUGCCGACUGAGACUGACAACGCUACGGCGAUCAACCUUGAUGAUGACGUUGUCAUGGGAGAGUCACCCAUAGGAGACGCCAAAAUGUCAACACCUGGAGAGGAAACUGGACUGCCAGAAGGAGAACCGAAUGGCGAUUCCAACUCGCCGCUUCAUCUUGACAUACCAGGACAGGACCAUCAAGCGGCAGGCCAUCCGGGCGACGAGAACACGGGUACUUACAGCAACUUCGACUUCGAAUCUCUAUUCAAUGAUCCAAGCAGCGCCGGUCCCGCAUCGCGAGGCAGUCCUAAGACCCUCCCCGCUCCUUCACCACCUCAACCUCUGGCAGAAGUACCGGCACCAGAUCCUCCUGCAUUAGCAGAAGACACGAGACCCCCUCCAACUCGAACAAUGACCAUACCCGACGACGAACCCAUCAAACCAGCCUCCUUCAACGACUCAAACGACGACUUUGACUUUGCGGACCUCACAAACUUCGGACCUACAGACACAGAUAUGCAAGAUACCGAUGGCAUCUCCUCCCUCCUCCCUGGACUUGAGAGCUAUGCAAAUUCAGGCGGUGGCAAUGGAGGUGACUCAAAUCCUCAAUCCGUACCCGCACACUUCAACAUCUUUGAUGCAGCAGGUGCUGGCGACUUCGGAAGCGCGCCGCAACAGGAUGGAACGGGUAACGCUAAACAAGAUGGACAACAGCAACAGCAGCAGCAGCCACAACAGCCUGAUAUGGGCAGUAGAGACGACACCUUUGACGACAUCAUGAACUUCACCGAGUUUGACAUGGGCGACUUCUCUGGUGGUGGUGAAGGCGAGGGAGGAGAAAGCAAGUUUGAUGCAGAUUUCUUUGACCUCUGAUUGCAGAAGAGAGAGCUUGGACAUCUGAUCUACAUUCGGUCAUAAGGACGAGCAUGGAGGCUUGGUGGGCAAAUCCCGGCCACCUCUCACCUGACGCGCUUCUCUUGCAUCAGGGAGACAUUCAUUGCUCAAACGACAAAGAGCAUCGUAAUAAUACGAAGCGGCGGUCAUUGAAUAG